AUGUUUUUUUUUCGCCUUCAGUUGGUUUUAUUACGGUUUUUGACUCUACUUUCAGGUUUAAACAGAGAGUCUUCAGUGCAGUGGGCGGCAUCUCAGAAAAUAACAUAUUACCAUAGUGCUUUCGGAGUAGCUUACUCUGUUGAAGGCUGCGACUUUUGCUCCUGUGGUUUUACGAUGGUAUUUUCCCACUCAUGGAUUUCAUGCAUACAUCUUACAGCAAGAAAAAUAGUUUCUUGCUUUCAUGCCGGGAAUCGUUAUCUACUAACAGAAUGGCGAUUGUUUGUCCGUGAUUCGACAUUCUUUGCAGUUGAGCCAGUCCACAUUUUCUCCACAGAAAAACUCAUUUUUCUGCGGACUACCAUUCAAAGCUCUACAUUUCCACUCGUACCGUCUGUUGUUUAUAGCAAAAGCAAACGACAUUCCCCUAGUCUUGAGCUUGACGGGACCCUACCUUACGCUUUUGCACUAUUCGCCUUCGUAAUACCAUUUGUUAAGAACAAGGUUGAGUCAAAAACAGAAAGCACUACUGUUGAACGCAAGACCUCAUCUGUUAAGGACUCCUCAUCAAGUGGCCGUAUCAUCACACCGGAGGAACUUGCAAAACAUAAAUCCGUCGAUGAUGGUGGCAUCUGGAGUAUUACAUUGGAGACCUGCCCGAAGGAUACUUCGUUUCACAAUCUUCUUGUCUACCACCCAUUACUGGAAUACGGGAGCGAUGAGGCCAACAAAACUGGCCCUUACGCAAACGAACCUGAACGUCAUCCAGCACUGUACACGUUUUCGAAGGAGCCACGGAAUGCGGGGACUCCAAGUACAUUGAUUCCGGAUCAAUCUAUCACUCCGAAUGAGCUGUUCUUUGUUCGAAAUCAUUUUCCCGUGCCGGUUAUUGACUAUGACGCUCAUCGUCUGCACAUUGUUAUACCUAGCUCCAGCGCUCCCAGUAGUACUCCGGUCGACAUUUCAUUGUGCGUUGACGAGCUGAAAGCGAACUAUCCAAAACAUUCCAUCGUCUCUACCAUCAUUUGCGCUGGAUGUCGGCGAUCAGGUAUGGCAGCGGAGGAUAGCGAACAUGCGGUUGCCGAAGGACGUAAACCUUUUAUUCGUGGCCUAAGUUGGAACCACAGUGCAACAUCCACAGCUUUGUGGACUGGUGUCAGAUUAGUCGAUCUGCUUGCUCGACACUGGCUUCCGGAGCAUCAACGAACAGACCAUGCAGCGCUGCUUACCGUGGCCCGGGAUGCUGGGUUUUAUCACGUACAAUUUGAGGGCUCGGACACAGACGUCGAAGGUGAUACCUAUGGGGCAUCACUCCCUAUCGAAUGGGCGCUGGAUCCACAAAUGGACGUCCUAAUUGCCUACGAAAUGAAUGGUCAGCCAUUGCCUCGGGAUCACGGGUAUCCGUUGCGUGCGGUCGUCCCCGGUUGCAUCGGAGCUCGGCAGGUGAAGUGGUUGAAAACAAUUACUUUAUCAAAGGAGGAGAGCCCUAGCUUUUAUCAGCGUGAAGAUUACAAAAUCGUAUACCCUACCAAGGACGGGCAUGCUCCAUCUCCCAAUACUGUGCCAGCUAUUUAUGAUCUCCCUGUCCAAUCAGCCAUUUGCGAGCCUCUUGACGAUCAGGUUCUUCCAAACGAGGGAUCAAUAACUGUUCGGGGUUACGCGUUCAGUGGCGGUGGCCGCGGUAUACUCUCGGUGAGAGUGACGACUGAUGACGGCAAAACUUGGCACGAGGCAUCAUUGAGGCCCAUCAGUCCCCCAGCUGGAAUCGAUCCCUCCCAUCUACCAUCUGAUGAUCUUGCGUUGACACAUCGAACACGACAACAGUGGGCAUGGACUUUGUGGGAAGUGGAAAUUCCAGUGGAUGACGAUGCUGAGUUCGUCGAAUUGGCUUGCUGUGCACGCGACUCGUCCAACGCAGUGCAACCGCAAACGUGCAACGGGUCCGUGAAUGUGCGUGGCCUCCUCACAAACUCAUGGCAUCGUGUCCGCAUUCGGCUCAAGCCAUCCGAACCAUCGUAG